CUCCCUCCUCCUUCCUCCCCCUCACCUGAUGAAACACCACUCAAGAGACAACAACCUGUCAAGAAAGGCAAACACAGUGUCAUCAGGUCCUGGAGUGCAGAUGCAUCAGACCAUCCAGCCAGGCUGACCAGCAGUGACACAGGUCUACACACAUCGCCUAGCAUCAAAGAGCCUGGCCUGAGAGAACAAGAUGAUAGUCUUGGUCGCUCUCUCUCUCCCUUCUCUUCCAGCCAUGCCUCCACGUCUCAGAGUCCCCCGACAUCUCCCUCUCCCUCCUCCUCACCUGCUCUCACUCCCAGAUCAUCCAAGGUUAUCAGCACAGUGAUAGAGGGAAGCGUGAAGAAAUACUUGUUUGGACCUCCAUCGCCAGGACAACAGUUGCCGAUGGAAACUCGAGCAAACAAACCUCCAAGUGGCAAGGCUCAAACAGACGUCUACGGUCUACUGCUGCCAAGCAAGAGUGAUUCGAACUCUCCUGCCCUCAAGAAUAGAAAGCCACGCCCACAAAAAUCACGUGAUGCUCACGUGACUGCAGAUGACAUCACAACAAUACCUAACAGUAGUACAACAGGUGUUAAUGAGGCCACAGCAUUAGCGUCAGUUCAGUUACGAAGACAUGAGUCACCGUCUGAUGAAAGGAGAGGGAGGAGAGAGGGAGGGAGAAGGAACAGGCAGAGUGUGGUGGUUGAAACUGACAUGACAGAAAGUGGAGCUGAGAUUCAGGUGUUCUCACGAAGGUCGGAGUCCAAAGGUGGGAGGUCGGGAGUUGUGGUUGUCGAAUCUGGCAGGGUGUCUAAUCUUGUUCGUCAGUUUGAUGAAGUUGACGGUCCCUCUCAGCCUGAGGGUCAGGUACAGAACGAGACACCUCAUAAGAAGAAGAAAAUGGCAAACAAACACUUUGACAUGUUUGAACAGACUGGCCUCGUCAUGGGAUUGAACAGAGGCAGUGCUCUACCAUCAUCCACACCUCAACAGUUGAAUAGGGAGCAGGAGUGGGAGGAGGAGGAGCAGAUAGUUAAGCAGCAUCAGCCAGACACACUUCAUCAUCUGACAAAGACCAGGCCAAAAGGACCUGCCAAUAGGAGACUACCAGGGAGCAGAUUAUCACCUCUCUCUCCACCUCACCUCUCCUCCUCUGGCAGCCACGUGAGUGAGUGGAGAGGGGAGGGAGGAGAGAGGGAAGAAGAAGAAGAAGAAAAAGGUCAAAAGAAAGAAGACGUGGAUGGACUGGCAGUUCCAGUGAUACGAAGACACAGAAGGAGUCCUAGACGAGAGAGAAAAAGAAAGUCUCCCAAGUCACUCCACAGACGAAAUCAUCACCAAUCAGCUGAGGUUGCCCCUGAAGAUUCAGCCACUAAUAAUGUUGCAGAAGGUUGGACAGAGGAGACAGAGGGAGAGAUAUUCAGACCAUCACGACCUGAACUGCUUGCUCAUGUCCACCACGACCCAGUAGCUGUCCCAAUAUGGGAGCCACGAGAGAAGAAAGGCUCUUACAGAGAUGGGGAAACACCAAGAGAAGCUGUAUUUCGUGGAAAAGUCCAGCUCAGUGAGAUGACAGCUGGUGAAGAUAGAGAGACAAGUAGGAAGAAAGAUAGACAUAGUGAGUCAUCUAAGAAACUUUCAAGGGAAGAUGAGAGAGAAGCUAAGAAGCUUAAAGAAGCUGAAGAUAGAGAAACUAAGGAGCUAGAUACAAGAACGGAAGCCAAGUCACAUGCAGAUACAAAGAAGGCUACAAAACUGGCAGUGGCAGAAAGGAGAGAAGCUAGGAAGAUAGGGAAGAAAGAAACAAGUGGCGAAGAAAGAGGGAUAACAGAGAAAGGAGGGAAAGAAAGGGAGGCUCUUGAGAAAGGAGGAAGUGAGGGAGAGGGAGGAGGGAGGGAGAGUGUGGCAGGCCACACACCAGGUCUGGAGGUGACUCUAAAGAAACUGAUGACCGGUUUGUCUAGAAAGAGAGCCAGUUCUGGCAGACCUGAGGACCUCCAGGAGAUGAGCCAGGCUCAGCUGAUGGAUGAGAAGAACUCGGUCCAGAGAACACUGCUGCACUUUGAGAAGAUCCACGGAAGACCUGGGACAGUGGCAGACAAAGAGCUGAUGAGGCCACUCUAUGAGAGGUACAGGGAGGUUAAGAAACUGCUGUCAGCUCACCGCUCCAGCGGGACAUCAUCAUCAGCAGCAGCAGCAGGGCUACUCAGACAACAUCAGGAGAGCACCAGUGACUUGCCAAGUGCUGAGAAUACAGUGACAGCAGGGGAGAGCACUCUGCCAUCCAUAACACUGCUGUCAUCAGGACUUGCACAAUCCCUCCCUCUUGACUCUCAUCCGAGGUCUACCAGCACAUCUGAUGUGGCACACUCUACCUCUCUUUCCUCUGCUCCCUCUUCCUCUCUCUCCAUCCCUCCCUCCUCCUCCUCCCUCUCAACCUCCAGUAGCCCCUCCAAUGAUAGAGUCACUGUCAGGAAGAGAGUGGCAGGGAGAAAAGGGGAUGUUUGUGAAGAGAGGGAUGGAGAAGAGAAAUGGGAUACACACAGCAGAUUAUUGAGUGAGCUCUUUGCACAACAAGAAUCAGCUCUUGCUGAGAAAAAGAGGCUCAGAAAGAUUCUGAGAGAUUUCGAGAGUGAUUUCCUGUCGGAACACGGCAGAGCAGCAACAAGGGAUGACCGACAGCCCAGACAAAGGGAGUACCAGGAGUACAAGGCAAUCAAAGAGAAGCUCCUAAAAAUUUCAAAUGAGAUAAACAGAGCCACACCACUGCAGAAAACUCUGUGAAAUUAAAAUACACACUGACCAAAUUGUCUAUUUAUUGUGCAUAAAGGUUCCAACCGAAUAUACGCAUGCGCAUACGUGACGUCAUCGUUCUAAUUAAGCGUUAUACAUGACUGCGUAUCCCGUGACGUCAUACGAAAUUUCCAAAAAAGGAGAGGGAAUGGGCUGGGGCGUGUGUUUGCGGCGUCUUUCAGUGUGUAACUAGCUAUACUACUCUGGUACUGUGCCGCGGAGGUAGAGACUCGUAGACAGAGGACCGACAAAGCGGCAGCGAAAGUCGUGAAAACGCAGGAUAGAGACGGGCGGAUAUGGCGUCCAAGAUCAAGCGAGAGUUUAAGAAUGUGGUCUACAACUACAGUGAUGCAGAGGCCAAAGUCCGAGAAGCUACAUCUAAUGAUCCUUGGGGUCCAAGUUCUGCAGUCAUGACCGAACUAGCUGACUACACCUUCCACGUCCAGGCGUACAGUCUGGUAAUGGGGAUGCUUUGGAAGAGACUCAACGACCACGGAAAGAACUGGAGACAUGUUUACAAGUCCCUGACAGUCCUGGAGUACAUCAUCAAGGGAGGUUCAGAGAGAGUGUCGCAGCAGUGUAAGGACAACAUUUUCUCCAUUCAGACCCUCAAAGACUUCCAGUACGUCGACAAGGACGGGAAGGACCAGGGAGCCAAUGUGAGAGAGAAGGCCAAACAGUUGGUGGCUCUGUUGAAAGACGACCGGAAACUGAAGGAAGAGAGAGCAAAGGCCCACACUGCGAGAGAGAGGCAACAGGCUCUUGGCAGUGACAGUCCAGUUCUGAGGACCUCUCCCAGUCCUGGCAGGAAGAGGGUUACAUUUGGAUCUCCAGAUGCAGCUAGUAGUCCUCCUCCUGUUCAGAAUGGGAAGCGGGUUCAGCCGGUUGAACAGGCUCGACCUAGCAACCUGAGUGAGGAAGAGAUGCAACUGACACUGGCUCUACAGCUCUCCAAGCAACAGGCUGACGAAGAAGCCACGCUCAGGAGACAGGAGGAGGAGAGUCUGACAGCUGCAUUGGCUCUCUCCGUGGCAGGGACUGGGGAGGAGGGAGAGGAGAAAGAGGACUCUCCUCCAUCUUCCACUGACCUGCUCCUCGACCUCGACACAAGUGUCAAGGAUCCAUGGGGAGCCUCUCCAUCAUCUGAGCCCCUCCCUUCCUACGACAGUGUCGUGAUGCCAGCCACCACUGCCGACCCCUGGUUGUUGGGCGGGGCCCCAAUGGUCGCCAUGGGAACGGACCUUGACCCCUGGGGUGGUGGGGGGAGCACAACAUCAUCGUCUGCUGCUACCACCAGUCUUCCUCCACCUGUGCCUAUCGUGGAUCCCUGGUCAGUGACUUCUCCUUCUUCCAUCUCCUUCAACCCACCUCCUCCUCAACAUAAUCCUUUUGACCUCUCUGACCUCGGUCUCCCUCUACCAACUACCUCCUCCGGAGCUCAUCAGCUGCUGCCUAAGAUCGAGGCACAGUUCCUCGGAACCAACGCUAACCUCGUGGACCUUGACCUUUUGACCGUGGCUCCGCCCAAACCGCAGCCAGUGCCCUCGGGACCUUCCCCGUCAAACCCGUUUGGCCUGUCGUCCUCUCCGUCUGGCCCCAGUUCCAGUCUGACUGGUCUCAAGCCUGUUGGAAACCCGUUUGAAGCCAAGGCAACCACACCCUCUCUGAACCAACUGGCCAGCACCAAUACCAACUCCAUCGGUUUCGAAGCUCUGGACCCUCUACAGGCACCUCUGGUUCCCGUGGGAACCACACCCUUGGUUGCCACGGGCAACCCCCUAUACCCACCUCUGACGGCACAGUCUACUGCUGCAAAUCAGACUUUUAACCCUUUCAGUUGAUGUGCCCCUACCGUUUUUCACGUUGAUUGGUGUGCUGCUAUAUUAUAAGUAUUAAUCGCCUAAUGUGUAAAAUGACUGUUUCUGUGGCGGUGUGUAUAAUUAGAGAUUUUAUGACAUGAUUUUGCUGUGUUUGUGUAUUUAUGUAAUUACCCCUGUACACUGUAUAAAUGAUGUCUAUUGCUUUAUACUAGGGAAAUGUGUGUGUGCCAUUAUGUUUUUUUGUUGUUAAACAACGGCUACAUAGCAGCUGCAUUUGUAAUCUUGUGACCAGACUCUAUUCUCAUGCGAUACUAUAAUUUUCUCGUGUGCGUGCGUUAUUAACCAGGGCGAAAAGCUGCGGAGAGAGGAC